CCUCUUUUUCAUCGAAUCAUACAAAAGCAGACGCUCGCGUAGAACGAUCACGUUUGUGAGAAAUUGUGCGCUAAUUUCCCCCCGCUUCAAGUGCGAGUGCGUUCUUGUGGUGAAAAACAAACACAAGAGUCGCGCCUUUCCAGCAGCACACUGUGUGUACAAUCGUUCGCUCUGUCCUGUUCUGACAAGAGGAAAACCGGCGGGAAUUCGACUGAAACCCAAACACAAGCCUGAAACCAUCAGCAAAAGCUAAUUCGGUCGUGUGGUUGCUGGUACGCGGAAAAGCCUUCGCCUAUUGUUGUUGCGGUGUCGUAAGCGGAACGCGCUAACCUACACCGCGCUCCUGGUGACGGAGACACCCGUAGAAGGCAUACGCCGUAGGUCGCAACUAUAUCGGUGUGUUGGUGUGUGUGUGCGUGCGUGCGCGUAUGCUGUUUGUAACAUCGCGGUCGAGCGUGAGUGUGUACGCGAUUGUUCAAGCACGGCUUCCGUUCGGUAAGCGAAAAUCAUCAUCAGCAAGCCAUUUGGCGUGUGGUGUGCGCGAUUCACAGUCCCACAGACGAGAGUGAGAGAGAGAGAAAGUGAGGGAGAUAGAGAGCGAGAGUGGUUUGGAAGAAGCGGAGAAUAUUCGACGGUGAAAAUGUCCGAAUCUAAAGCAGCGGAAAAUUCAAAGCCGAUGGAGGUGGAGGCGGACGCACCAUCAGAUAUGAAAUCGCCGACAAAGCGCACACCGAAGAGGAAAGCGGUGGAAGCGUUUCAAAAGGAAAGCGAAGAGCUGCUGAAAUCACUCGGCGUUUCGGUCGAUCUCGAGGAUGGACGGCGCCGCACACGAUCCAGUGCGCGCGGAGCGACGCCAACGACAGCAGCAGUCACUGCAACGCCACCGUCCAAGCGAGCACGCGGCGCAUCGACCACACCGAAGCGCACCGAAAAGCCGGCAGAAGCAGAAGCAACACCCAGCAAGCAGCAGUCGCCGAGCUCGAAAUCGUCCACCCCGAAGAAGCGUGCGAUCCAGGCCGAACCAAGGAAGCUGGUAGUGCUGGUAGACUCGGAACUGCCCAAGGAGUACACCCGGGAAAGGAUGGCGGCUAAGGCCGAGAAAAUGGACACCACCACCACCCCCAAGGAAGCUGUAGCUGAGUCAGAUAGUGUGGAGAAAAAGAAGAAGGAGCAGGAGGAGGAGGAGAAGAAGGCAGCUACUACCGAACCAGCGGAGAAGGUAGAAGAGAAGAAGGAGGAAUUGGCGACUACUACGGAAAAGAAGCAAGAAGAAGCUGAGGAAACCAAGGAAACUCCAGACACUGAGAAGAAAGAGGAAGCAAAGGAGGAGGAUAAAGAAAAGAAGGAAGAGAAGGAGGUGACAGUGGCGAAGGAUGCGGAUGCUGCCACCCCAGCAAGCGAUGCACCGGCGAAGGAAGAAACGUCCCAAGACAAACCGUCAACUGAAGAAAAGGCAAUGGAAGUUGAUACGCAGGACGGUGGUAAAGCUGCGGAGCCGGUAAACGACACGCAUCCGAAGACGGAAAGCGCGGUGGAAGCACAAUCUAACGAGAAGGAAACAAAGGAUGUAGUAAUGGAGGAUGUGUCGGUGCAGGAAGUGGGGAAGGUUUCGGAGAAGGAAGUGGAGAAAGUGGUAGAAAAGGAAGUAAAGGAGGUGGCUGAGAAGGAACAAGAGAAGGUGACCGAGAAGGAACAAGAGAAGGUGGUAGAAAAGGAAGUAGAGAAGGAGGUCGAGAAAGAGGCACAGAAGGUUGAAAUUGAAAGCAAUGGAAGUGUAGUCGACGCCACCGUUGAUAUUACAACUCCCAAGAAGGAAGGAGACGAGCCAGCAGCAGCAGCAGCAGCUGCUGCUGGUGGAGUAAAUUCGGCUGAACCGGCAAACCACGAAAAUGCGAAGGAAAGCACACCGAAGAAGGCAUCCGACGACGAGGUGACAGAAACUGUCGACGCGUCAAAGGCGCCCGCUGAAUCGCACGAGAAGGUGACAACACCAGCUACAAAACCAGAGCCAAUCGUGAAUGAGGUUGUCACCGCUCCUGCCAUCGGCCCGGACACAGAGCAGAAGGAAACGGAAACGAAGGACGUGACGGCGAACAACAUCGCAGCAAAAGAGGAUGUGGAAAAAGUAAAGCAAGCAAGCAAUGAGCCAGUAAUAGAAAAGGAUGGUGUCGUGGCCAGCAACUAGAUACCGCUCGAAAUGGGGCUGUUUGUUCUUCUCUCCCAAUGGCUCUGGACGACGACGGCGACGGCGAUGGACAUGUACGAGGCGUGUUAAAAUUAAUUCACGAACCGAAGAAAAUAGGUUUGCAUUUUACUAGUUAGUACACACAGAAUUUGACGGCUUGUUUUAAAAUAGUAGUUGGUUUACACUAUAAAGAGUGAGUGACGGUGGCGCAGCAGUACUUUCCUCCUUGUUUUCCCCUUGGUUUUGCCUUUUAUUCGAUCUAUUCGUAAUUUUCUUCAUUUUUAAAUUUGAUCUCUGUUUGAUACGAAAUGGGGGGUGAAAUGAUUCUUUUUUCUUCUUCUUUUCUGGACAAAUUGGAAAAAAACAAUCAACCAACAUAAAUGAUACAAAUGCAUACCAUUGUUGGCAGCCACUUUGGUAAGGUGUAGAGAUGGGUGUAUAAAUUUAGUACCCGGUAGGAUCGUUCUCCGAGCGUACACUUACUUUCAUCGACACAUGAAAGCUAAUUAGACAGAGAGCGAGAGAGUGAAAUACAUAUUUUUAAAUUUAAAAAAAAUAUAUAAUAUCAUGCCGAUAUGGAGAAGAGAGUAAUUUUUUUUCAAACUAGCCUGUAAGUGAAUGAAAAUUUUAGUCAGUAGAUAGAACUAGCCGAGAAUGUACAAAGUAAAGCCUGAAGUCGAUGCGGUAGGGAAGAAAUGCAAACAAAAAACAAAAAACCAUCCCUGUAAUCAUCACCGUGCAUAGUAGCAGUUGUGUGUAUAGUGUUGAAAUAUUAUCCUUUUUGUCCUUUGGUUGCUUCUUUGCGACGACGAACGUAAUAAGAACAAACAGCCUCCACCACUCCACCGACACUGCUGUGCUGUGGUGCACAAUUUUCACGCAACUCUGGUGGUGGUGUGAUGGGAGAAAAAAAAGAAGUUUAUGUGUAAAACGAACAGAAAAUCCUUAUAAAAGAAUGAACACCCUACAAAUUCUAGUUAUUGCCAUUGUGUAGGUUAGCGUUAAGAAAAUUUCCUACGAGAUUCGUGUGUGAGUGCGAAGAGGAGGAGGAGGAGUGAGGAGGAGGAGUGAGGAGGAUGGUGAAGUGAAUUUGCACUGAAGCAAUGGGCCAAGUAAAGCCGCCGCGCACACACGAGCGUUACAGGGUAUAAUAGUACGAAUAUGUGUAGGUUUAAGUAAGUUGUUGAUAAUGAUGCGCAACACCUUUUGCGGAACGUCCGUGUUUUAAAUGUAAACCAUUCGGGGUGGGGCGGAUGGAUGGUAAGAAGGCACAACUUGUUCAGAAACCGACAACCGAUUGUCCAUUCGCGCGACUUGAGCGGGAGGUCACCGUUUCUAUUUUGACUACUUUUUUCAUAUUUUCCAAGUUAAUCGUUGUGGUGUGUGUUUUUUUUUGCCCUGGUUUAAAAGUUAAAAGUACGCGUCCGUGUAUCAUACAACUUGUACGUGUAGAAAGAACUAGUUUGUUAUUAGUAAUGCACAGAAGUAAAAGGACUAAUAAGGAGGAGGGUUGGUAGAAGGACACCUUUGUUUCUGGUUUACACGGAGGGGCCAGUAGUAGGUAUGGAUCAAAACUAUUUACACACAAACAAGAAAGCUGUCUCUUUAUAGCAACAACCGUGGAGAAGAUCGUGCAAACACUUUAUACACACACACACACACACACACGUACAAUAGGCGAAACUUGGGCAAUCAUCAUCCUAUACAAGCGAUCUUGUCGACGCGGUUUGUUGGAGUAUUUGCAUAAUGUACAGCAAUUCAGCAAAGAGCGCAAGGGGAGAAAAUCACACCAGAAAGGUGAAACAAAAAGGAUGAAAAAGAUAUGGUACAAAAGAGCAUAUACUAGGUGAGAGGAAUGUACAACUUUUCUUCACACUCAAUCGGCAAAUGGGAUACACAUGGAAGGUAAAAUGGAGACAUAGAAAGUUAGCGCAGGAGGAGCGGGAAUAAUCUCAGCUAGUAGGAAGCGGCAGCGGCGGCAGUGGUGGUGGCGGUUGUGGCAGUGGUACUAGAGAAAACCACCAAUACCUGAUGUGUUGUGUACGUGUGCGCAGGUGAACAUUUCGAUGCAGUUUCAGAUUAUUAUUUUUUUUUCUAUUAAAAUGUUUGUCGUAUGAAACGUC